CGAAAGCGGAUGAGAAAAGCGUGUUGUCAAGAAAAGAUGUGAUUUUCUUCUGCAGCUCAGCUGGGAAAUGGUCUGCGAUAAAUGGCAACUACGGACGAAUCGAUGCAAAUUGACGAGGGAGACGAAAAUCUUUUAAGCAUGACCCUGGAAACUCCAGAAAGUGUCCGAGAGGAACUCAGCUACUCUUCUUACCAACUAGAUGACAACUCUAACGUGUUUGUCUCCCCGCGGGCUAAACCCAUCAUCCACCCAGGGGUUGACCCACCCCUCUGUGAGAACUGCCACAAACUUGACCUCUCUUUCUUUGAUCCCAACUGUCCGGGAUGUCGUGCCAUUCUGUCCAGUCAGGAGACAUCAAUAGGGGAAGUGUUUGCUAUCCUGCGACAGUGGACGCCCCAGACACAGCAAAACCUGGAGCUGCUGGUAAACGAGAUCUUAAGGAGGGGUGCCAAUAUUAAUGACCGUGAUGGUUUGACGGACAUGACCUUACUUCACUACGCUAGUAAAGCCGGGGCUAGUGGGAUAGGAGAUGCUGACACUGCCGCCAAAGUGGUGUCGUUGUUGUUAAACAAGGGAGCUGACUCCGAUAUCAGGUGCCGCUGGACGGACAUGACAGCCUUACAUUAUGCGUCCUACUUCGAUGUGGUUCCCGUUAUUAAAGUGCUGCUUAAAUCCACAAAGGCUUUAGAUAUUGACAGUACCUGCUCCGAGUUUGACCAUGGAUCAGCCUUACAUAUCGCAGCUUCUAACCUGGCCUGCGAAGCGGUCAAGGUCUUGCUGCAGAACCGGGCCAACUCUGCCUUGCGGGAUGAUGUGGGUAGGAUGCCCUUAGAAUGCGUCCCAGACAUAAGUGCCUUUGAGCCAGACUCUGAGAUGAGAAAAGUUGUGUCAAAGCUACGCAAGCUGUUGUCCGAUGCAGUUCCCAUCACGCCUCAGCAGCUCUCAAACAUGGACUCGAUCAAAUGUAAGGUUACCCUCCAAGCCCUUGGAAUCCGCAUCGGGGACAAGGUCGUGGUGGGAGGAAUGAAGACUGGUGCACUGCGUUACUGUGGCCCCACUGAGUUCUCUGCCGGGGUCUGGGCUGGAAUCGAGCUAGAUGAGCCCUUAGGGAAGAAUGAUGGCAGUGUGGCCGGGAUCUCCUACUUCAGAUGUCCGUCCAAUCAUGGUAUCUUUGCCCCAGUCAGUAAGAUUGCCAAGGCCGGUUCCCCCAGUCCCCGCAGUGCUAGUGUCGGGCUUAGCAAGAAAAACUCACAUACAGGUGGAGUAGUGGACGUGUCGCAUGUUACUGCCAAAGUAGACUCUGGUUUACCUAAAGGACGGACUUCUUCCCUGACUGACCAAUCAGAUGGCAUUGAGCCAGGGGACAGAGUGAUUGUAGCUGGCCAGAGGAAAGGAACGGUCAGAUUUGUUGGGGAAACAAAAUUUGCUCCAGGAUUAUGGUAUGGCAUUGAGCUGGAUAGACCUGCUGGGAAGAACGAUGGGUCUGUGAAUAACACUCGUUACUUCAGCUGUCAGCCCAGGCAUGGCGUCUUCGCCCCCGCUUCCCGACUUCAAAAACUAGGAAACCGUCACUUCAGCUCCACAGAGUCCCUGGACACGAUUAGCUUGGGGGCUAUGUCUGAGAGAGAUGGCAGGAAGAGCUCGGUGAAUGGUGGCAGUUCCUACAGUACGGGAUCCAGAACCAGACAUAUGUCUGUUAGCCGAGCUCGUAGCGCACCAAACCCCAGCAUCAUCCGUACCCCUGGCACCACCACCAAGAUGAGGCUCCAGGAUGGCACCACCGUCUUCUGCACCGGUUACAAUGAAAUGGGAACAGUGCGAUAUGUAGGGCCAAUCGACUUUGCUGAUGGUGUGUGGAUUGGGGUGGAGUUGCGCAGCCCAAAAGGUCGCCACGAUGGUGUAGUCCAAGGGAAGCGCUAUUUCAACGCUAAGCCUGAGCAUGGAGUGCUGGUGCGGCCUAGUCGAGUGUCAGUGCGCGGAAUAAGCGGAACUAAACUCCUGAGAGAAACAUUCUCACCUGACUGAGUCAACCAGUCACAGACAUGGCUGCAAGGUCAUGCGGAUAUUGACAACAAUCAAUCAGAACAUUUGUCAUAUCACUCAUUAGAACCAAGGGCACAUCAAGGUCAGAUUUGUUGAAUAUCGAGUCACACAAUGCCUUCCACAAUUUAUUUUCCCCUUCACCUGAAAAAUAUUUUUCACAUACAUGUAUACCUAGUAUUUUCAUACACUUCAUUUUACAUUAUCAAACAUUUCUUGAAAUCAAAUAUUUAUAUUUCAAACAGUUGUCAAAAAUAUAAACUUGUUUGUUGUCCAUUUAAAUGUGUUAUGAGAAACUGCUGGUCAGGGGAGGUGACUCCCUGCUUUUCACAAGGGGGAGCCAUUGUUCAUGGUUACAUUUAUAGAUCUGGUUUCCUUGGAAAUACAUGGAUCUCCACAAUUUUUUGUGAACUUUUAUUGCUGUGUUGUACUUAGGUGGUAGUUGUUUGGAUAAUAUUAACACAUAUAAUAAUGUAUUUUUUUUUUCAAAAUGUUUCAUAUUGGAAGAUUGAAAUGUGUUUUUGAAGUAUUUGUUGUUCUCUGUUUGAUUUGUAUGGGCAUAAUUUCCCACAUGGUUUUAGGGACUAAAGGCCAAAAAGUAUAUCCGUUUUGGUUAUUGCAAUAAUGGAGAUAGCUUGCACACGGCAUAAGCUUUAUUAAUUCAUUCCAUGUUACAAAUAUACCAACUGACAGUUGAGAAAACUUUGACCACUUGUUUUUGCCAUUGAAAUGAAAGGCAAUGAUCUGUGUUAAAACUAUGAUAAAAAUCGUUGGUAUAACUCAGUCAUGUAUUAAUUGUCUAAGCCCUUUAACAUGAACCAACGCUUACAAACAAUACAGUGCAUAACUAAUUUAAAGUCACCUGAAACUAAGUGCCAUUUAGGAAAGACUUCCCAGCUUCAGCAUUGUAAUCAUUGAUCCAGGCAUACAAACAUUUAUAUUGUAAUCACUGGAAUACUUCCAUCCCUGGCUGAAGUGGCAGGUAAAUGUGUCUUGAGAUCCACACCAGCAAAUUACUUAGUUCUUUAUCAGCACGGUUCCAAAGGCCAAUGAGCCCACUAGUACAUCAGUUUAAAAAAAGUUCAUAUAUAUGUGUGUUUGUGCCUGUAUAUGUAUAGUGUGUGUAUAUAUAUAUAUAUAUAGACAUUUGUGCUUUAUGGCCUCCGUGUUGAGCGCGUCAGUACGGCGCUAUGACCCAGGGGCCUCUGUUACCAAUGCGGUCGCUGUGAGUUCAAGUCCUCUGGGAAGGCCUGGUCAGCAACCUAUAGAUGUUCAUUGGAAUGAUCCCCCCCCACCCCCACCCCGAUUACCACCAUCCAGUUUCCUUACAACAUAUGGCUGGCCAUUGUCGUAUGAGUUAAAUAUUCUGGAGUACGCCGUAAAAUACCAACGAAAUAAAUUACGACAUUGUAGCAUCUUCAUGUAAUUGAUGUAUUUGAAUCAGUUUUGUCUGGUUAAACUGCAAAAAGUUGCCAGCGUUUUACGUUACCUUACUAUGGACACACCCUUUGUUGUAAUUACUGGCCUUCAUUUGGGUAUACCCAAAAUUUAAAGGCACGUUUUUACUCAUUUACAAGUCAUUAUAAGGAUCAACUUAGUUGAUCAUUUCUUCUCCAAGUUUAUAACCAUUGACAGGAAUAUAUUGUGUGGGUGGGUUUUUUGGGGGAGAUUUUUCCCAUUAACUGAAUUGAAAAUUGUAGGUGGUUA